CGGUAGAAAUGUCAAAAAAUCUUCACAAAAUGACGAAAGUGCGUUUCCUGCCAAAUGCUUGGUUCAAAGCUGUCAGCUGACUGACUCACCAGGACGACAAAUCUACACGGUCGCGACCAUGAAGAAAAUCAAAGGCAAAGGAAGUAACACGACUGAGAAGGAGUUUGUGUUUGAGUUCAAGGCAGGGAAACACAACUGUGUUCUCAAAGUACCUUUGCAGUUUCCUGUUCAGGAGAACGUCAACGACCUUCAUGGACGUCUGAUGCUGCUACAUAAAAUACCUUGCUACGUAGAAAACGAAUUGAAAGUGUCACUGUCCGACUUCAUUGAGAAGAAGACCAUUUUGGAGUAUGACAGAGAGGCAGAACUGGCCCUGCAAAGACUCACAAUGGGACAUCUAGACAUAAAUCAGCUCACCAAUGCGUGGACCAGAGCCUAUGCAGAGACCACACUAGAGCAUGCACGACCUGAGGAGUCCAGCUGGGAUGAAGAAUUUGCAGAUGUUUACCACGAGUUGAUCCAUUCGCCUGCCUCAGAUACACUUCUCAACCUGGAGCACAAUUACUUUGUCCGUAUAUCCGAGCUCAUCAGCGAGAGAGACAUGGAGCUCAAGAAGAUACAAGAGAGACAAGCUGCAGAAAUGGAUAAAGUGAUGCAUGAGUUGGGGAAUACACUCAGUGACCAUGAUGUGAAUGCAGUAGCUUCCCAGCACUUUGAUGCACAGCAGGUGCUGGAGAACAAAUGGGUCACUGAACUGAAGCAAGUGACUUGUAUUCAAAAGCAAGAAUAUCAAGCGUGGGUCAUUAAACUACACGAGGACCUGCAGAAAUCCAGCAACAGCAGCCAAAUUAAUGAGGAGAUUAAGGUGCAGUCCAGCCCGCUGUCAGAACCUUCAGAUUCUGGAGACCGAAUGUUUGAAGAGAAGCCUCAAAUGGAAGAAAGCUUCACUAUUCAUCUAGGAGCACAAUUGAAGACUAUGCAUAACCUGCGACUGGUGCGGGCAGACGUGUUGGACCUUUGUAAGCACCGACGUCAUGGCAGCAGUGGAGCAAAGCUGCGUCGCCUGCAGACGGCCCUUUCGCUCUAUUCAUCAUCACUGUGUGGUCUGGUACUCUUGGUUGACAACAGGGUCAACUCCUACAGUGGAAUCAAGAGAGAUUUUGCAACGGUGGCUAAGGAGUGCACAGACUUCCACUUUCUCUGCCUGGAGGAGCAGCUUGAAGAGGUGCAGCAGGUGGUGCUCUAUGCCAGAGCCCAGCGGAGCAGCAAGCAGAAAGAUCAACCUGAGCUCCCCAGGAAUGGAAGUGACGAUAAAAGUAAAAAUAUAGAAAGAAAUCCUUCAAAUAUCUUACCAGGUGAAUUCUAUGUCUCGCGGCACUCCAACCUGUCCGAGGUCCAUGUCGUCUUCCACCUGUGUGUGGACGACAACGUGCGUUCAGGGAACAUCACGGCCAGGGACCCGGCCAUUAUGGGUCUCAGGAACAUUCUCAAGGUCUGCUGCACACAUGACGUAACGACCAUCACCGUCCCACUACUGCUGGUGCAUGACAUGUCAGAGGAAAUGACCAUACCGUGGUGUUUGAAGAGAGCAGAGUUGGUCUUCAAGUGUGUGAAAGGUUUCAUGAUGGAGAUGGCCUCAUGGGAUGGAGGCAUAUCACGCACAGUGCAGUUCCUCGUGCCAAGGAGUAUUUCAGAGGAAAUGUUUUAUCAGUUAAGCAACAUGCUGCCUCAGAUCUUCCGUGUCUCCUCCACGUUAACGCUCACGUCGAAGCCAUGAUGGGUGAAGAUGAAUCAUACUUUAAGCUGCAUAUCUUAGUGAAAGACGACUGGGUCCCGCAGCUCACAGAGCAGCUGCUGCAAUUAUCAUUUCAAACCUCCAGGGUGUAGCGCCACCGACAGAUUUUUCUGACAUCAGCAACAAACCCCGGGAGCUCAUGUCAUUUCCUCAGAGCAGCACUCUGUAGCGUAUUCUGUUUGCUGGAGUCGCAUUUAGAAUGCUGCAUCGACUGAUGUGAAGCGUUAUGGUAGAAUCUCGCCGCUAGGCAGUGUAAAUAACUACUGCCUUGGAAGAUGUCUUGAAUACUAAUACAGUGGAACGAAGAAAGACAAGUCAAAAGUGCGGCUGGUUUUAAAACAACAUGUAACAUAAAAUGCAAAUUACAAUAAUCAUUUCCAUAGUCAAACCGUAUCUGUCGCCAAACUUUUAUUAGCAGUUUUAGUUAACAUUUAGUUUUUCACCAUCAUACAAUUUGGCCGUUUCACGAGACGUGAUACUUUAUGUGAAUAGUGGAUAGCUUGCUAAAGGCAGCAGUCAUGGAAAUGUAUACCUGUAAAUAGGUGAACGUCUACACAGUGAAAGUAAAAAAAUACAAAUUGUGUCUUGGCUGCUUAGUACAUACAAUAUGACUAAAGCACCAAGUUUUCACCAAUAAUAAAUGAAACGAAUAUAUGCCGCUCAACUCUCUUGUCUUCAUAUGAAGAGACUCAAGUAGAAAAAGCUGUAACCGCCGUCUGCAUCAUCAUAUUGUUACAACACAUUCUUUUGCUUUCACAUUGUUUGGCGAUCAGCAGUAAAAAUUAUUUUGAAAUUAUAAAGUCCAAGUUGACAAUAGAUUUUAGGUUUCAUUAUGCAGCGAGCAACUUCUAUUUUGCACUUAUUGGAUGUUUAAAUGUGUGCACUGGUAAUAAAGGUUUCCUGAUGGAUGUGAUUUCACGCUGCAACAUAAAGAGAGGUAGCAUGUGCUCACUCGGUAGCAGAGUUUUCUGACUUGUCAACUUUGUAGCUCUGGGGUGAGUUUAAUGGUCUGGUUCUAAAAGUAAUCUGUCAUGGCUGUUACACUAUAAAACAUGUUUAUGUGGUAUAUUGUGGCUAUUCUCACCUUGCAAUGGCCGCUCAAGUCUGCCAGCUGGCUUUAACACAUCAGGCAUAGCUCAUGCUGUCAUGGUUUGGUUCAUCCACAUCCUGGGGAAGGUUUUCUGUGGAGAUGAGUAAUGCCAACUCCUAAAAGACCAUUUGCACUGGUGCAAAGAUGAGCAGUAUGCAGCUUUUUAAUGCUGCAUUGCAGUGAGCUGGAGUAUCACUGCUUAAGUGUGUUUGGGCCCGCCUCUCCGCUUUCAUGACAGCAGAUGGCACUGUUCUUGAAUGCAAAUGUUUAAAAAAAAAAAAAGAAAAAGAUCUACAGUACUGCAUUGGUUUGUCUUACACCACACAUCUGCAAUUCAUCCAGAUGAUAGUCUUAUGGUUUCUAUGCGUUCUGUUUGAUUUUGUAAAACGUUCUUGUAAAUGUACUUUUUAAUUAAAAAAAAAAAUACUUGAACAGCAAAUUGUAGAUUUCUCAGUUUCACAUUGUAGAUGAUUUACAUUUUUGUCAUCCAGCAGCGUGAAAUCUGUUGAGUUGUCCAAGGGCAAGUAUUUUGCAUCUGUCGAUUCAAGAUGAUUUGUUGUCACCGGAAGAGAAUUCAACCAAAAGCUGCAUCACAUCUUUCAUGAUAAACACAGUGAGCAGGAUGUGCAGAGGAAAUGUCCUAACCUCAUGUUAUGAAAGUGUGCAGUUUAUCACGCUUGCCAUGUUGAGAACCGAUUAAAUUGUAUGUUUUGCA